UGCAAGGGUCCUCCUUUUUGAGCACAAAUAGAAUUUUCUUUCAUUUGGAGGAUAUAUAGCUUACUUAAAAAAAAUAUAUUUAAAGUUGUAAGGUGGACCAUAUUUCGCACUGGAGCGGUGCGCCAUGCUCUCUCACACCGAUCUCCUGGAUGCUCGGCUCGGUGAGUUAUCAUCGCAAAACUCCGGUCUUCAACUAUACUGGAUGAAGGAUGCUGCGGAGCUGCUGGGGAACCGAGACCCGAUGAAGUGCCGGAUGAGCGGCGGGGUGGCGGACCAGGGAAACAUGGACCCUGGCCCGGACACCGUGGAGGGGGCCACCUUGCUGCCCGAGGAUGAAAUCCCCACAGGUGGAGCCAACCAGCCGGGCAUGCCGGUAAACAGUAAGGACACUGAGAAACAGCAGCAGCAACAGCAGCAUAAUUCUAGUCAGACUGCGAACCAGCAGAAACAGAAGCGGCAUCGAACGCGCUUCACCCCAGCUCAGCUGAACGAACUGGAACGGAGCUUCGCCAAGACCCACUACCCAGACAUCUUUAUGCGUGAAGAGCUGGCGCUGAGGGUCGGCCUCACCGAAUCCCGUGUGCAGGUGUGGUUCCAGAACCGCCGUGCCAAGUGGAAGAAGCGUAAGAAGACCACCAACGUGUUCCGCGCACCUGGCACUCUGCUACCAACGCACGGCCUGCCUCAGUUCUCUGCUGCGGCUGCCAUGGAGAACAGCCUUUGCUCCUUCCACGCCAACGACUCCCACUGGGCCACGGGGAUGCACGGGGUGUCCCAGCUCCAGCUCCCCCCGGCCCUUGGCCGCCAGCAGGCGAUGGCCCAGUCCCUUUCCCAGUGCAGCCUCGGGGCCGGCCCGCAGCACAACUCCAUGGGCCUGUCCAACGGCCUCUCCUCCAAUGGCCCAGGUCUGCAGUCCCACCUCUACCAGCCCCCGUUCCCCGGGAUGCCCGCCUCCCUCUCCGGUCCAACGAACGUGUCAGGUUCGCCACAGCUGUGUAGCUCUCCGGACAGUGACAUGUGGAGAGGGACAAGCAUUGCCUCACUGCGACGCAAAGCGCUCGAGCACACAGUGUCCAUGAGUUUCACUUAAUGACGUUUGAAGAUGACCCCCUUUGUUUAGCUUCUAGCUGUACCCCGCCAUUUUAAGAAAUACCUGUGUGAAGACUACUCAGGACUCAAAGUACUUCAUGAGAAUAACAAUGAAAUAGAAUGGCCAGACUGGAGUCUGAGUUGUGUUCAGAUGUCAUAAUAAAAAACCCAGAUGAAGUCGGCUUGUAAAUUUGGUGAAGUGGACGUGAGAAAUAGGCUAAUUUACCUGCGUCUCAGAAUGUCUGUUUAUCUUAACGUCCAUUUUCCCAAAAAUGAUUAUCUCACCUACUCAUAAUUAUAUUGUAAUUAUUUGGCCAAAAAUCCUUGUCAUUUUCUGUUUUUCAUUAGGUGUGGCUGUUGCACGCCAUAGGAAAGUAAGAUAUCAUGUCAGUGAAUUUAUUUGUUUUCUAAGCUGUUAAAUGCUUUAAAUUAAAUUGGGAAUCAAAUUUCUAAAUGCCACAUGUACUGCAUGUUUGAAUGGGUCUGACGCAUGCGCAGUGAAGUGGAUUUGACCCCUGAAAUAGCCUAUUUUUCUUCUGCUGCCUCGUUACCGAAAUGCCCACUUGUUCACUUCUUAUGGAUUUAAGAGAAUGGAAAUGGUGUAAGGACUGUUAUGUAGACUCUGACUCUUUUCCAAUAUCCACACUAGCAUAGGCUACUAUGAAGAAAUGUACUGGUCAUGCAUUCUAAGUGGUAUAUAUAGGCCUAGCAAUCUUUUUGUUUUACAUCUAUGCUGGGAAGUGCAUAGAGUGCAUAAGAUUGUCUGGGAGUGGUAUGAUUGGAAGGAGAAAACGGAACAUUUGCUGUUAUUGGCAGAGAGACUUGGAACUCUCUUUCUUAUUUGUCAAUUACUCAAUUUACCACCUGCUGAUAAAAAAAACUCCAUUCUAACAAAACAGGCUGAAACUUCAGGCAGUCUUUUCAAACAGCCCUAACAAUAAUAGGUCAUUUUCAUAAUUUCGCAGUGUGAUUGCAACCUAAUAGUGUGGGAAUAUAUAUAAAACACAGAGGAUCACGUUUUUGACUGCACUGGGACUUUAAGAAAGAAGAGUGAAAAAGAAACAAACAAACCAAUUUCUACAUAAUCAGACUCAUCUGCAUGUGUUGGCCACGUGAAAAAUGGGGGUAUUAACAUUUAUAAGACAAGAAAAGGAACCUUUAAGUAACCUGUUCUAGGAUGUUUUGUGUAGAUAAAGCAUUCUCGUACCCACUGGUCUGUUUGUGAUAUGUUUUAACUUAUUGUUUGUGCUUUUCUUAAAUGUUUGAUCUUACACCAAAUUGCAUCACAAUGUUUCCUUGAAAGGCUUAUAUUAAUUUAUUGUAAAUGGACAAAUAAAAUCAUUUUCACUAAGUCAAA